AUGAAUAUAUUGAGUAGAAUAAAGUGGAAUAAAAAUUAUAAGAAUUGUUUUAUAAAUACAAUAACAAAAAAACAACAUUUUUCUAGUAAAGACAUAAAUUAUGAAAUAUAUGAAGGUGUAAAUUGUUUUACUAAAUUUGAAGAAUUAACAAAUAAAAAAAUUAUAUACAAAAAAGAUUAUAAAAAUUAUUUAAAAUUAUAUAAAUUAUAUAAACCUAAUAAUACAAAAUUAAGUAUAGAUAAAAAUAACUAUUUUAAUUUUUCAUUAUGUUGGGCAAUUAAUGGGGGAAAAAGCAUAUGUGUGUAUAAUAACAAUUUAGACGAAAAUAAAAAAAUCAAAAUAUUUACAAACACAAUCAAUUCUUUAAGACAAAAAUUAGAACAGGAAAGUAAAAUAAAUUGUGAAGAUGGAAAAUUAGAAAAAAUUGUAGAAUAUCGAAAAGAAAUUCUGACCAAAAAUAAAAACAGCAAAAAACAAUGUAACCAUGAAAAAGGAAAAGGAAAAGAAAAAAUCAACUAUGCCAAAUUAACAAAAUUAUGGGAACUAUUUUUAUAUCAUAAAGAAAAAAAUAAUAUUAAAGAAGAAAAAGUAUACUUUGAAAUUUUAAAAAAGUUAUUUUUAAAAUAUGAAUUUUUUGAAAAAAAUAAAAAAAAUGAUUUUCAAUUUUUUGAAAAUAUAUUAACUUCUUUAUUACUAAAAUCAAACAUAUUUAUAAAUGUAUUAAAUAAUUUAUAUUCUAUAUUUUUUAAUUCAUUUUUAUGUUCGUCUUCUUUUCCCAUUAUACAGAAUAAUGCAAUUACCCAAUCAAUAAAUAACACUAAUAAAAAUUCUAAUAAAAAUGAUUUAAACAAAUUUCCUGUUAUUAUUAAUAAUAAUGUGUGUAAAGAAAAUGAUGUAACUUUUCUCGAAUGUGUAAAUAAAAAAAAACCAUUUAUUGAGAAUGAUGGAAAUAUAAAGAAGAUGAUAAAAAAUUCAAGCUUAAGUGAAAUAGAACAAGAAAAUCAAAAUGAAAAAGAAAAAAUUCGAAGAUAUAUUUUAAAUUAUAUAUUUAAUAUGUAUUAUGAAAAAUAUAUAGGAUUAAAAAAUUUAUAUAAAAGUUUUAAUUUACAAGAAUCAUAUAAAUUAAAACAUUGUUCUAAGGAAAAUAGUUUAUUUAAAUUUAUUUGUUUAGAAAAUAUUGAUAUUGAAAAAAAAAAUAUUAUAUUAAUUAAAUGUACAAAUAAAAAUGAACAUAUAUUUUUUCUAGGCUUUGUUAAAAAUGUAACAAAAAUAAACGAUUUUUGCGUCAUAUAUAUGGAUGUAAAAAGGUAUCAAGGCGAUAAUAAGCAAAAUGAAAAUGGUGAAAAUGGUGAAGAUGUUAACAAUUUAAAGCUAUAUGAAGAACAAGAAAUUUGUGAAAACUAUUUUGAAUCUUAUUUUAAUCGAAUUAAAGAUAGACAAAAAAAUUUAAACAAUGAAAAUUUUGAAAAAGAAAAAAAUUCGACAUUUCUACAAAAUAAUGAUCAUGAAAAAGAACUAAUCACUUAUGAAGGCAUAACCUUAACAGUUCAAUUAAAUACAAUAAGUAAUCGAAUUAAAUAUUCUAUUUUAAAUAUUUUUGAAAAAAAAAAAGAAAAUGAAUAUUUAAAUAAUGAAAUUACUAAACUUUUAUUAAAUAAUGAUACUCGUGUAGACAUUAACACAUAUUGUAAUAAUCAAGAGGAAAUAAUACAAAAUCAAAAAAAAAAAAAAAAAAAAAAUAUGUUAAACAAUUCAAUAAGUUAUACUUCCUUAAUUCAACAAGCUGUAAAUAGAUUUUUAGAAAGCCAAAAAAAAUAUAUGCAAUCUUAUAAUAUUUUAAAUGAAGAUUUAAUAAAACAAGAUCAAAUAAUAAAUAAAUUAUAUAAACAAUUAAAAAAUAGUCCCCAAGAAUUUACUAAAAUAUGUGAAUUUUAUAAAAAAUUUGAUAUAUAUCAAAAAAAGGUUUUAAAAGAGAUCUUAGUUGGGAGUGACAACCCACCAAUCCAUAUCAUUCAUGGAGCGCCGGGAAGUGGCAAAAGCGAUUUGAUAUCAUUUCUCAUUUAUGUUCUAAGCUUAGAAAAGAAGAACAAUAUAUUUGUUGGAACUUGUAAACAUAUAUCCGUAGAAAAUAUAAAAAUAAAAUUAGUUAAUUUGAAUUUAUGUUUAAAUAAGAAUAAUAAAGAGAAAGGAAUAACACAUCAGAAAUCAGAUAUAUAUAUAGAUACUAUAUAUCAAGCAUUUAAAAUAAAAGAUAAAAAAAUAAAACACUUAAUUAUUGAUGAAGCUUCAAGUUUAUCUGAAUAUAAUAGUUUAAUUUGUUUAAAUUUAAAUGUUAGUUAUAUUUAUGCAUUUGGUGAUGAUAAGCAAUUAACAUUCCAUAGUAUAAUUAGCGAAAAAAAAAGAAAUGAAAUAAAUUAUUUUAGUAUAUUUGAAAAAUUAAAACAAUAUAAAAAUAUAAAAUGUCAUUAUUUAUUUACACAAUAUAGAUUAAUAUUUCCAAUUUAUUUAUUUAUAUCAUUUUAUUUUUAUAAUAAUAAAUUAAUAGCUUCUAAAAAAAUUGUUGAUAAUUUUAUAAAAUCGAAUAAAUUGUCUGAUUUUUUGGAAAUAUUUAAAAAUGAUAAAAUUCCAAAAAAAUUACAAAAUAAUUUAUAUUCACAAUUUUCAAUACCUAUUUUAUUUAUUGAUACAUAUACUGAAAAUUUAAACCAUGAAAUUUUUGAACAACAAAUAAAUCAAUCAUACAUAAAUAAAUUUGAAGCUAUCAUCAUUUUAAAACUUGUACAAAUUAUGUCUUUAUCAAAAAUAAAACCAAAUCUAGCUAUUUUAACUCCGUAUAUUAGCCAAAAAAAUUACAUUCAGCAAAUUUUACACGAAUUCGAAGCAGCCGAAAAAAACGAAGCAGCCGAAGCAGCCGAAGCGAAGCCGAUGCCGUUUGUAAGGGUUGGAAACAUUCCACAUUUUACACAACCAAUUAAAAAUGAAAAAAAGAAUUUAUGUUUUAUUAAUUCCAGCGAGUCGGCAUUAUAUUCAGAUGAUACAACCAAAGUAGAAACUAAUAUAUAUAAUCGUAGUUUGUUCGAUUAUCCUAAAAGUGUAAGCGGUAAAGGUGUAAGCGGUAAAAAUGUAGGCGAUGAAAAUGUGAUAAAUAGCAAUUCAAAUAGAUUGUCUAACUUGUUUAACAUUCCAAAUAAAAAAAAUGAAGAAGAAUAUAAUAAUAACCUUUAUAAAAAUGUUUAUACUAUUGAUAGUUAUCAAGGAUGUGAAAGCGAUAUAAUUAUUGUAAGUACUGUAAGAUCAAAUGAAAAUUAUUCUUUAGGUUUUUUAAAUGAUGAAAAAAGAAUGAAUGUUUUAUUAACACGUAUGAAAAAGGGAAUUAUUAUUAUUGGAAAUUCAAAAACUUUAAAAAAUAAUUUUUUUUGGAAGGAAUUUAUAUCAUUCCUUGAUUUUUUUAAUUCUCGAAAAUCGGCUUUUUCCUUGCCAGCUUUGAAAGAUAUAAGGCAGUGA